AUGAAUAGAAACACCCUUUUUCGCGUCCUCCUCGACACAGAUACCAGCAUCCUGACAAGUAAUAUCAAGAAAACAGGCAGCACCAGUUCUAAAUAUGGAUCAGAUGUGAAUUUGGACAGCAAUUUGGUGAUGAUAUUAGCAGCCUUGCUGUGUGCACUUGGACUAAACUCGAUUGUAAGUUGCCUUAUUCGAUGCAGUCAAAGAUUUGGGGUCGAGACAGCAGCAGAAGCAGCUGCAGCAUCAACAGGUCUCAAGAAAGAAACUUUGGGCCGGAUUCCGUUGGUGGUUUACAAAUCAAGACUGCUGCCAAUUUGUAUUGGAGAAUUCCGAGUAAGAGAAUUGAAGAAUAUUGCCAAGAAUAGACAAACAUUCUGCUGA